GACCUUAUGACCUUGUUUACGGAAGAAAAAAAGAAUAUGACUACAAUUUACAAUUUUAUUUCAUCAUUUCAAUAAUGCAAUUCAACGAUUUAAAUAGAAUGAUAACAUAAAAUCAACUGUGUAAAUAAUAAUCUAUAUAAAUAGCUAUAGAUCCAAGUGAAUACAACCGGAUAUUAAAGACACUAUCUCUGUGUUUACAGCAAUGUCUUUGGUUCGGUUGUGCAGACCGGGUUUAAUAAACAAAGAAGUAAAGGUUGUUAACACCUGGUCAAGUCACAGAGCUUCAACAUCAACUGUUGUUAGGAAUGACCCGUCAUCACCAAGCGAGACUAAACCGUUCAGCUCAGUGCCUGGACCAAAAGGACUGUACAGUGUUCCGAUCAUUGGAGCUGCUCUGCAUUUCAAACCUUUCACAAAGUUUUCAGCAAAUGAAAUAAACGACCUAUUAACUGACAUGAGAAAAAAAUAUGGAGACAUUUUCAAAAUGAAGUUCGGAAAAGAAUAUAUGGUCUAUAUUAACCAUCCAGAUGAUGCAAAAACAAUAUUACAAGCUCAUUAUGAAGUACAUAAGAGAAUAUCGUUUGAUCUGAGUGAAACCUUGGCUGAAAGAGAAAAGGUCAACAAGGGACUAAUUUUAUUAAAUGGAAAAGAAUGGGCGGAUUUAAGAAAACCGACCCAGGAGAAAAUGUUACGACCAGCUGUUGUAGCAAGUUAUGUCCCUUUGAUUGAAAAAGUUACAAAUGACUUCGUUGACAACUUAAAGAAGAAGAAAAAAGUAGAUGACCUGUUAUGGGAAUUAAAUAAUUACACAACUGAAAGUGUUGGUAUGUUGUGUUUCAACAAACGACUUGGGUGUUUAGAUGCAGGCAUAGAUAGUCCAGCUGAAGUAGCAGUGGUAAUGAGAAAUAUAUUUGACAUGUUACAAAAGUCAUUUUUUAUGCCUCUAAAAAUGUACUUGUACUUCGAGACACCAUUUUAUAAACGAUUUCAUAAGGAAGCCAGAAAAUUUAUGGAAGUUGUUUCUACCGAAACAGCAAAUCAGAAUGCAUUUUUAACAAAGCUUAAAAAAGAAGGUAAACUGCAGGAAUACCUUGAAAAAGAACCAAAUUUCAUGUACUCGUUAUUGGCUGACGGGAGAUUAUCAGAGGACCAGAUAAGCAGUGUUGUCAGUGAUUUGUUUGGUGCAGGUAUAGACUCGACUGCAAAUACAUUAGUUUUCCUGUUAGCCCAACUAGCUCUCAAUCCAGAUAAGCAAGCUAAGUUACAUGAUGAAAUUCAACAAGUAGUGGGAGACAGUCAGCAUCUGACCAAAGAACAUUUAGCAAAGAUGUCUUAUUUGAAAGCGUGUUUGAAAGAAUCCCAAAGGAAAAUUUUCCCGAUAUCAUUUGGAGUAUUACGAAUAUUAGAGUCUGAUCUUGUCGUUGGAGGAUACCAGAUGCCUAAAAACACAAUGUUUGCAAUUAAUAAUAGAUCGAUGGCAAUGGAUGAUAGAUUUUAUUACCGCCCAACUGAGUUUCUUCCUGAAAGAUGGCUACGAGAAACAACUGGUGAGAUAGCAAAAAGCAAAGAGUUUCCGUUUGCUCACAAACCCUUCGGAUUUGGACCAAGAGCCUGCAUUGGACAAAGGUUUGCUGAAAAUGAAAUUUUCAUUGCGACAACAAAGAUUGUGAAGAAUUUCAGUGUUUCUAUGCCACCUGAUGUUAAAGACAUAAAGACAACAUUGAAGAUUUUUACAACACCGUCAGAAAAAAUAAAGAUGAAUUUUAUGGAACGUCAAUAGACUAUGAGACAUUUAAAUUCUCUUCAAGCAAACGUUUGAAUAGAGAACGGACAAUCUUAGCACAAAGGGACAAUUUCAAAUUUAGUGAUUUAUAAGUACAAUGAGAAAGUUGAGAUAAAUAGCUGUAAUAGUAUUUCAGCUUGUUUAACCGUAGUAAAGUUUAUGUUUGAUGUCUUCCAAAGGAGAUACAAAAGGACAAAAAAACAUGCACAACGGACAUAACACCACUGGAUUAAAAAUCAAAACUGUCUUACUAGAUAAAAAUAGAACAUCAAAAGACACACUGCACGUAGUUUAUAUAAUAAUAUUUUCAUGCACUUGUAUAAUUGAUAACAACGGUACGAAACUUAGAUUCAUUAGACACUUUUUAGAUUUCUAUCGUCCAUAUAACAUCGAAAA